AUGGUGCCCCCGGCAUACCCCACUCCAGUUGACGCUAGCAUGGCGGCCGCGGGCAAGCAACAUCGCAAGCCAGUGCAGUCAAACUACCACCAAAGUGUAAAUCAGCAGUAUGUCGUGGAGGAGGAGCAGAUGGCGCUGAAAGACCUGUUGCAGCAGUUGCAUGUCGUCGUGGAGGAUCUCGCUACAUUGGACGGCUCCCUUACAUCUCUCUUUGAAACUGCACCGAACACGGAUGUGACGGAGCACCAGCAGCUCGUACAGUUUCGGAGCCGCGUUGCUCGACGCAUAACUCGCUACGGGCAGCUUGCGAAGAACUUGGCUCAAAUUGUUGAAAAGAUAAUUUCCUACAGUUCCUCCCAGUUCCCCGAUGAUCUCCGUCAACGAGAAUCCUUUCACCCCAGGCAGCUGCACGAACUUGACGCCCUACUAAAGCAGCAUCAGCAACGCCUGCAAAAGUACAAGUCGCAGUUCGCUGCCUGGUGGCAAAAUACUGAGCGGCACUUUCACACAAUGCGAAUGGCCAAUUUUGUAUGCUCCAUCCAGGAAAGGGCACAGACUUCAUCGGGUUUGUCCACUAGAGAUGGACCGCCCGGGGCUCCUACUCGCAGCGGGGGUCCCCGCUUAGAACCAGUUCGAGCGAAGGCAACAACUGGAGAGCAGUUGGCCACUGCUCGGGGAUCACAGAAGCCGCAGGAGGGUGCUCUCAACCCAGCUACUUUGCAGAGGCCCGCGCAGCUUCAGGCCCACAGCCAGCACCUGCUACAGGAGACGGGACAAGCAAUGGCCAAGGAAGUGCAACGCAUGCGCGCCACACAGGAGCAGCUUCAACAGUCGUCGACUGCUCUCGAACAGACAGAAGCAUCCUACAACGAAAUAGGAGGGCCAAGGGGGCAGGGCAGAGUGCUGCCUGUCGUUGUUACUGCUUCUACUGGUGUUGCAGUCUUUGGCUCGCGACUCUCCAGCGCAACAGGAAUGCUGCAGGCUUUGAAAAAGAGAGCUUAUUUGGCUCGCGUUCCUCUUCUUCUUGGGGUGCUGCGCAUUCGUCUUGCUGAGGCGCCUGGGGCUAUUGAAGCUUGUCAUAGGUGUGACCACUUUCUCGCUGCGACAUUCGAUAUCAUUGGCUCUCGCGACAGCGGAUCGGGCUGUGUUGGUUUUGGUUUGGCGACUUCCACCCCAUCGACGCGCAGUACAACUCAUGACACGGAAGUUGCCGGCAAUGUCUAUCCAGCUGAGCUACCCAAGGGAGACCAAAGAGGGGUUUCAGCGCAGAAGGCCAACAGUCAUACGAAGACAGACAUGCAGGCAGAGGGAACGACUACAGACAUGUUGCACGUCGAUGCGCAGCCACACGGGAGAAGGGGCAUUCAGUUGAAACAAGGCAUCGUUCAUCCGUCGACAAGAGGUAGAGAGAAGCACUCCGAAACAGCUCUCCCAGAUGAGAUAGAAGAAGCACUCGAAGCGGCAGGGAUUGGCACCCGAGGACAGCUUCUGCCCAGCGGGAGUUAUUGA